UCCCGCUGCUCACGUGUGAUAAACGCUCAGAUGAUUCAAGUUUACGCUGAAUCAACAACACCAGUGUGGACUUUAGACUGCGCGUGAAAUGACGCCGAGUUACUCCUAACACUAGUCUGGUUAUAACAGUUACAAUGGGAAUAUUAUUAUGCAGAUGCCUGAAUGCGUUUUCGAGAUAUGUGUUGUGCAACUUCAUACAGUUUUCAGUCAAGUUAACCUAAUUAUAAAGUGCAAGUCAAGAAUUGCACUUCAAUGAACUCGUGUCGUUGUUUAAUUUUCGCAACCUGCUCAAUCGCUAAUAAUGUCACUUGUGGAGUCUAAUGAAAACACUCCGCUUCUCAGAGGCGACAUUACAAGUGAUGGGGCUGCAGAUAGAAGCCGGUGGAGGUCUAUCAGGGUCAUGUACUUUACCAUGUUCCUCAGCAGUGUUGGUUUUACGAUUGUCAUCACUUCCAUAUGGCCCUAUCUGAAGAAAAAUGAUGAAAGUGCAGAUGCCAGUUUCUUGGGAUGGGUGGUUGCUGCCUAUAGUUUGGGUCAGAUGGUGGCCUCACCCCUCUUUGGAUUAUGGUCCAAUUGCAGGCCUCGACGAGAGCCUCUAGUCUGUUCUAUAUUGAUCAACGUCUUGGCUAACAUUUACUACACCUAUAUCUACCUAAUUCCCUCAAACAACAAAAUCCACAUGCUAUUGUCUCGCACAUUAGUGGGCAUUGGAGCAGGUAAUGUAGCAGUUGUGAGGUCUUAUGUGGCUGGUGCCACUUCCCUGACGGAGAGAACCAGUGCAAUGGCUAACAUGAGCGCCUGUCAAGCUCUCGGCUUUAUACUUGGCCCAGCUCUGCAGGCUGCUUUGUCAUUCAUUGGAGAGACUGGCGUCAAAGUGAAUUUUAUCCAGCUUAAGGUUAAUAUGUACACUGCUCCAGCACUGUUGGCAGCCUGCUUCGGGGUCAUUAACAUUCUGCUAGUUAUAUUAGUCUUGAGGGAGCACUGUGUGGAUGACCAUGGAAAUCAUAUCUCUACAAUUAAUUACACCCCAGAAGAGCGGGUAAAUGUGGCUCCUGAGGUAGAAGGUGAUAUUGACCACUGUGCAGUGUUCACAUCUAACAUCCUGUUCUUCGUUAUUCUCUUCAUUUUCGCUGUGUUUGAAACUAUAUCUACUCCUCUAUCAAUGGACAUGUUUGCAUGGACAAGAAAAGAAGCCGUUUUGUAUAACGGCAUCAUAUUGGCUGCCAUUGGCUUUGAGUCCAUCCUCGUCUUCCUGGUGGUAAAAGUGGUUUCAAAACGGGUAGGAGAUCGGCCACUGCUGCUUGGAGGCUUGGUGCUCAUAUUUGCAGGGUUCUUUAUCUUGUUGCCAUGGGGAAAUCAAUAUCCUAAAAUACAGUGGGCAGACAUUCAGAAUAACACUAUGCCAACAAGAUUGGCACCCACCCCAGCCUUGAACGGUUCUCUAGAGCCCACCGGAUGUCCGUCCGAACAGACCUGGUGCUUGUAUACCCCUGUAAUUCAUCUUGCACAGUACAUCACCUCUGACAUCCUGAUCGGAGUGGGUUAUCCAACCUGCAACGUAAUGUCCUACACUUUAUACUCAAAAAUACUGGGCCCCAAACCGCAGGGGGUUUACAUGGGCUGGCUGACAGCGUCAGGAAGUGGUGCGCGGACCCUCGGGCCUGUGUUUGUCUCUCACGUCUACACCCACCUAGGACCACGAUGGGCCUUCAGUGUCAUAUGCGUCAUAGUACUAGUUGCAAUUGUUCUCCUCAGUGCUAUGUACAGACAACUCAUCGCCUUCUCCAUACGCCAUGGAAGGAUAGAAGAACGAUGUCAUAACUGACAGGUGCUUCCAAGCUAAAAGACAGUUCAGAGAAGUGGGCAUGAUUUGAAGAUGGAAAACAGCCACUAAUAUACCGCUGAAUGGUAUUUUAUAGACCGUUGUAUAAAAUGUGGAGCUUUUAAAAGCACAUAAAUCGUCUUCCAUGUAAAUGUACAUAUUUUUACUUUCUAUCCUAUAUAUAUUGAACUACACUUCCCAUAGUUACCUUAAAUGUGAAUUUAACUACUAUUGGAGCAGCAUGACAUGGAUCUUGUCACCAUUUAAGUCAGACAGUGGCAGAAUCUAAACAGGCUCAUGUGAACCGCAGUAUUAAGCAUGUUUGGCAGCUCCACCGGUUAUGAAGCACAGCAGACUAUAAGGCCUAUGUGGUUGUUUAACACUGGAUUAUGAUUGUUUUGGUUUCAAUAAUCCUUAUUAAUAACUUGAAUUCUCUGUGUUGUAAAACAUUAACAAAUGUGACAGCUGAUUUAUUUAAAUUAACACUUAUAGGAGAGGCUUGAAGCCGAUGUUGAAGUUUCUUUUUAAAAACACUAAGCUUGAAAUGUACACUAGAUGCGGAGCAUUACUUGGCUUUGGGUGCAUCCUGAAGAUUAACAAAAUCACUGGUGAUUCGCAACUACAAGACUUCUUAAAUUCACACCAGAUGCUUUGUUUUGUGGGUGUUAAAGCACAAUAUGGAUAUUAAUUGAAAAUGGGCAAUACGUUGUUCCUUUAAUGUUUUUAAAAACAUGAAGUAUGAUAUGCUUUUCAGGGAUCUGUUUCUUUAAAUGCAUUAAAAUGAUAUUUUUAACAAGAAA